AUGUCGGAACACAUGCUUGCCUCGGCAGUCGCCGUGCCCGAACAAGAACCCCUUCACCAAUCCCCAGAAUUGACAACCAAGCGACGCCAGUCCUCGGUAUCAGAACACGACACCAAGCGCCGGCGACUAAGCUCCCAGAGCAACCGUUCCCCGCAAACCCAGCGCCGACGCUCAUCUCCCCAGCCCGUUGCGCCAGAUGCGUCCCCGGAAAGCAAACCUGUGCGGCCACGCGGAGGCCGCGAGGAAGAUCGCAAGCGCGGUCAGCGGUUGUUCGGUGGACUUCUAGGUACUCUUUCGCAGAGCUCGAGCUCUGCAGCGCAGAGACGGCGCGCUGAUAUUGAGCGGAAACAGCAGGAUAAGCUUAAGUCUCAGGAUUUACAGUAUGAUGAGUUGAAGAAGCAGCGGAAGGAACAGCGUGAGGCUAUUCGCAGGAAGGAGACGCCUUUGUAUGAGCGUGAGGCGAUGAAUACACGGCAUGCGAAUAUAAUUGCCGUGGCGCAUUUCCUUAAAACACGGGCGGAACCGGUUCUGUACUAUAAGCCAUGGCAAUCUCGACCUGGCGACGAAUCGGUGAUACAGAAGCAGAUUGAAGAAGCAGAAGCGACAGUUGCACGUGAAGUUGCCGAGUUUGAAGCACGAUACCCACCAGAGGCCUUUGUGCCCCAGCCAGAUAAAAGCAUCAAGGAAGAGCCAGCAGCGAAACCAGAAGAAACACAAGGCGAGAAGAUGCAGCAGACAGAUACCCCGUCGGACCAACCAUCUGCUCCAGAGCCUGUAAAUUCAAGAGAGUCUGACUCCAAGGAACCAGCCCAGGACGCCUCCGAGACAGUGAAAUCAGACCCCAACGGGAAAGGAGCUGUUUCAGCGACAAUGGGUCGUUCUGCUGAUGUGGACACUUCUGUACAUGAUCAGAGUGAUGCCCAUCGAGAUGACGACGGUGGUGAAGUCGUGGAGGAUAACGAGGACACUGUGAUUUAUUAG